ACUUGACACUGACUGACACAAGUGGCUCUGGCUUGUUGCUGACAAGCCAAUUUGUUAAAACUCGUGUCGUAGCCAUGUCUGGACAGUCGUCGGGCUGCGGGUUUCUAAUGUCGGUUGUUGUCCACGGAGACUCGACUUUGAACGAGCAGGAAAAGGAGCUCAACCAACGGCUCCGACGGCUCUAUCCGGCCGUUAACGAAAGCGAGACCGCGCUCCCCCGGUCCUGGAGCCCGAAGGACAAGUUCAGCUACAUUGGGCUUUCUCAGAACAAUCUCCGUGUACACUACAAAGGUCACGGCAAAACCCCUAAAGAUGCAGCGUCUGUACGCGCCACUCACCCCAUCCCAGCAGCCUGCGGGGUCUACUAUUUCGAGGUGAAGAUCAUCAGCAAAGGCCGAGAUGGGUACAUGGGCAUCGGCCUCUCAGCUCAGGGUGUAAACAUGAACAGACUCCCAGGUUGGGACAAGCACUCAUACGGUUACCACGGAGACGACGGCCACUCCUUCUGCUCGUCCGGCACCGGGCAACCCUACGGACCCACGUUUACAACGGGUGACGUGAUUGGCUGCUGUGUUAACCUCAUCAACAACACCUGCUUCUACACAAAGAAUGGCCACAGCUUGGGCAUCGCCUUCACAGACCUACCACCUAACUUGUACCCGACCGUGGGCCUUCAGACUCCAGGGGAGGUCGUAGACGCAAACUUCGGCCAGCACCCCUUUGUGUUCGACAUCGAGGACUACAUGCGUGAGUGGAGGACUAAGAUCCAGGCCCAGAUCGACCGCUGCCCCAUCGGAGAGCGCGAGGGCGAGUGGCAGUCCAUGAUCCAGAAGAUGGUGGCGUCCUACCUCGUGCACCACAGCUACUGUGCCACGGCCGAAGCCUUCGCCAAAUCCACAGACCAGGCCGUGCACGAGGAGCUGGCCUCCAUCAAAAACCGACAGAAGAUCCAGAAGCUGGUGUUGUCGGGUAGAAUGGGCGAGGCCAUCGAGACCACCCAGCAGCUCUACCCCAACCUCCUGGAGAGGAACCCGGACCUUCUCUUCAUGCUCAAGGUGAGACAGUUCAUAGAGAUGGUGAACGGGACGGACAGCGAGGUGAGGUGUCUGGGAGGUCGCAGCCCAAAGUCUCAGGACAGCUACACCGGCUCCCCCCGGACCUUCAGCAGCCCGAGCCACAAAGCCAGCAGCUCCCAGCCCUACCUCCCAGGGGCCGACAGCAACUGCUGUAAUGGCGUAACGACCAAUAAGAACCACAGCUCCUCCCCUCACAGUCACAAGCCCUGCCCCCCCGGCUCUGGCUCCACCCCACCAGCGUCUGACGUCAGUCUCAACGGGAGCCGCAGCCAACAGCCCAUAACCAGCAGCGACGUGGACAUGGAGGUCGACCACUUCACCAACGGAGUGACAGAAUCCUCCUCCAAUGGUUUCCUCAACGGCAGCUCCAAACACGCCCCCGAGCCCGACGACUGUGACGCAGACAUGGAGGUGGAGUCCGCUCAGUCCAAGCGGCAGCUGUGCGGCGGCAGCCAGGCGGCCAUCGAGAGAAUGAUCCACUUCGGCAGGGAGCUCCAGAGCAUGAGCGAACACCUCCGCCGCGAGUGUGGCAAGAACUCCGCCAACAAGAAGAUGCUCAAGGAUGCGUUCAGCCUGCUGGCCUACUCGGACCCCUGGACUAGCCCAGUCGGCUACCAGCUGGAUGCCAUCCAGAGAGAGCCAGUCUGCUCCACUCUCAACAGUGCAAUAUUAGAGACUCACAACCUGCCCAAGCAGCCCCCCCUGGCCCAGGCCGUGGGUCAGGCCGCCCAGUGCCUCUCCAUCAUGGCACGAACAGGCAGCGGCUCCUGCGCCUUCGCCUCUGUGGACGAUUACCUGCACUAGCCCUAUGUACAAACACACACACACACACACACACACACACACACACACACACACACACACACACACACACACACACACACACACACACACCACCUCCCUUUCCAUCGUAAAUAUGAAAAUACGCCUCCACCUUGGUUGCCCUCGCCUCCAGCCGCCCGAGGCUGCGUCUGCAUCGUUCUGACAGGACCGCAGGGCGGGCGCCAACCAAGAGUAGCUGACUUGAAAAUACUCAAACUCGUGUGGACCCCCCCCCUCCCUCCGUAUAUCUGGGGGCAUCAAACCAAGGCGGACAGACUGACAAAAAAAGCAAAAACAACCGUGGCUCCAUUAGAAAUGGAAAAAUAAGAAGAUAAAAAGACGAGUGACCGCCAUCGCCGACCACCCUUUAACGUGGUCCCUGUAAACCUGGCUCGUCGGGC